AAUCUGCCAUCGUCCAUAUUGAAUUUCGCGCUUGUUUCCAAUGGUGUCGAAAUUAAGGAGCGUUUUUCAUUCAUUACUGGGUCCAGAAAGACCCAGCGUUUCAACCACUGGGCGAAAACGGAGUUUAGAUGAAGAGGUCAGUGAUGAUGAAGACAAUGACUAUGUGACACCCGACUUAAAGCGUCCAAAGCUUCAUGCAUACAUUCAUCAACCACUCCAAGCUGUUGAAAAUGGCAGUGAUCCAAGUCCCUUAGUACGAGUGACUGAAUGGAUGAAGCAAAAGGCAUUGUCGUUUGGGGAGAGUUAUUUCUAUCGUAAACCCGGUCAGAAUCAAAUUGAGAACAGACUCAGUGGCGAUGUCCAUGCUCAUAAGGAAUCAUCUUUCGAAGGCAUGUAUAUUUACAAACCAAAGAGAAAUGGUAGCAGAAGACAACAAGCUCCAACUAGAUUAUUUGUAGGCGGGAAACAACAUAAGAACAAGAUGUCACAUGUUGUCAUUGAACAAGAUUCUGGUUCGGAAUCAUCAACUCCUGAAGAUAAACACAGUGAACAAGAAGUUUUAUCAAUGUUAAGUGGUAGAGGUAGUGUUAGUGAUAAGCUUUCCUGCACAACGUAUCAUGCAGCUCAACCAGAAUCUGACCUAGCAGAUUUGCCCACUGCAUCUGACGCAUCCCACCACCAAAUUGAACCUUCCAGUACAAGACAUACUUCAACAAAAUCAAAACAAAUUCCAACUUCUCAAUGUUCACUAAAUACUACAAAACCAAUAAAUAAAAUUAUUAGUAGGCCUCCAAUAUCCGGUGUACCCUCUCACUCGACAACAUCAUCUUAUGCAAAAGUUUUCCCUAGGUCUAUUGCAGCAAGUCAUCUAGGGAGACAUAAAGCAUCUUAUACUGUGAAAGAGAGUAUACGUUUACAACAAAGGCAGGAAUACCAAAAACUUCUACAGCAGUUCACUACUACAGAAGUUAAAGAUCUUAGACCAGAACCCCCAGUAGAUACUAGUAAACAAGAUUUAAUAUUAGACAGUGAUACCCAACAACAUGAAACAUCAAGAGUACCCUCCACAACUCUACUUGGCUCAACGUUCUCCAUACCCCAGUUUACAUCUCGUAAGGAAAUUCAAGGUGGGCGUGUCCUUCCACAUCAUUACACCAGUAAACGUGAGUUACGAGAAGCAGCUAGACAACGACUUCACGCUCCUUCCAGUGACAUCAGUACGUGUGUCACACCAAGCAGUGAAAAGAAAUCUUUAUCAACGCCAUCUCAACCAGACUUCAGUCGAUCUGAUUCACCUAUUAUUACUGCGGUGCACAUGCCAGGGAGUGAUCGUCAGUCCAAGGGUAGUGGUCCGAUAUCAAGUUUCCAACUAAGCUUGUCACAGUCAGCUGUUGCCCAAGAAGACUGGAUCAAGGAGAUGAAAGAGAGGUUUGAAUCCAGUACCAGGGAUAAAUUAAGACGUGUAGAGGAGGAGACGAUUAAAACUAAGAUAUAUAAAGAGAGACGUUUACAUGAAAUGGGAAGAUUAGAACAAACUAUUAGGGAAAGAAUGCUGAUAGCAGAGCAAGAGCCACCUGUCUUGGAGGAGGUUGCAGAUCAUUCUGAGGAUGAAGUGAGUGAUGUAGAAGAGUUGACAUUCCUUACGCAAGAGAUGGAAGACGCGAUAGAUGAUGCAUUGAUAUCAGAACCUGCUGGACAGAUUCUUGUUGAAGGCUUUAGAUGCUCCCUAACCAGAAACCAUAUACAAACUUUGAAUGGUUUAAAUUGGCUCAAUGAUGAGGUUAUCAAUUUUUACUUUAGUUUACUGGUUGAGAGGAGUGAACAGGACAGUUACCCAUCGAUGCACAACUUCAACACAUUCUUCUAUCCUAAAUUAUUACAAGGUGGUCACAACCCAAUACGACGUUGGACUAAGAAAGUGGACAUCUUCUCAAAAAAUCUCAUUCUUGUCCCAGUUCAUCUAGGAGUGCAUUGGUGUCUUGCUGUGAUUGAUAUGCGCAAUAAGACUAUUACAUAUUAUGAUUCUAUGGGCAAUGCAAAUCCAAAGUGUUUACAAGCCUUAAGACAAUAUUUAUAUGAUGAGUAUAAAGACAAGAAACAGGGCGAGUUGGACUUGAGUGGUUGGAAGCUGAUCAAUUGCAUGGAUAUCCCACUACAGAUGAAUGGUUGCGACUGUGGAAUGUUUGCUUGUAAAUAUGCAGAGUAUAUUAGUAGGGAUGCGACAAUUACAUUUACACAAGAGGAUAUGCCUUACUUCAGGAGAAGAAUGGUUUGGGAAAUAAUCAACAAAAAGUUAUUAUAACACAGUUCUAAACAUGGCAAUCAGGAGGAGUAUUUUCUUUCCAGGAGA